UAUACUAGCCUACUUUAACAGCUAACUAACCAAAAAUACAGUGAGUGGUCCGCCCAGUUCUAACUAGUGUAUUUAACAAAGUCUACCGACGGGUAGUGUAUGCCCAUGGGAGACUUGUCUCGGUUUCCUCUUUUCCCACCAGCAAACAAACAAACACCAUGACCAAAAACAAUACUCACAGGUGAUGACAAAGUGCUAUGGAGGUGCUCAAACAAAAGAGAGGUUAAUACACAACAAGCGCGUGAAACACAGAGUCCUACAGACAUGGCAUUUAAAGAGAGAUUGAGCUCUAGAUCAAACAACUGACAGGGUUUUUAAACCAAGGGAAAGGAACUGUGAUUGGGUAGGAAACAGGAAGAGGUGUGUCUUCUGAUUGAUGAUUGGAUUGGUGACUGAUUGGGGAGUGAUGAUUUUCACCUGUGAGAGGAGAAGGAGAGAAAAGAACACAGGAUACACACACACACACACAGGAUACACACACAGGAUACUGGUAUCCGUAACAAACAACAAUGACAGAUCUAUAACAUACAGUUCUAUGUGAAUUUCGUGGGUUGCCCAAAAAGUUACAUAUUGCAGCUUUAAUCUCUGUCUGGGAAACCAACCACUAGUGUUUAAUAUUGCCACUGUGAAAAUUAGGAAUGCGCAGACAUACACUUUAGGACAGGCAUCUCCAUCAGGUCGAUCGUGAGCUACCAGCUCGCAGCCCACCUAUGAGUAGCUCUCCAAGCAAUUCUGAAAGUACAUGCAUUUUUCACGUGUUGCACCCGCAAACUGUCAUAAACAAGCUUACAAGUAUCAGACACCGCAAACGCUCAGGUACAACCUAAUCAACGCAACGUUGACAUUAUCCCAUCCUUGGGUACUGGAGACUGGGGCCAUGUGGAAGUGCCUGUCCAAAUAUGUCUGCAUCUUCCUCCUGCUGACCCUGUCAGGCGUCUUCUUCCUGUUCCGCAACAUCAGCAUUCUAGAGUGGAAGUUAGACCUAUGCAUCUGGGAACUAUGCAGCAACCACUCAGAGGGCCCUACUCCCCUGGACCACAAUCAAAGCUGUAACCAUCUGAGCCAGGGCCAGGAGCGCACACCUGAGGAAGCUCUGGAGGAGCAAUACCUCCUGGAGUCCAUUGCCUGGCCAGAGCCUCCGCCCCAGCCCCAGCCCAUACCCCUGGAACAGACCAGUGACCCUGCGAACAGCCAUUUUACAGUGCUGCCAGCAGUGGGUGGGAGAGAGUGGCACGUGGGGGACCAGCUGGAGUCUCUGGUCCUAAUGAAAGAUUUCCGGGGACAUCCCAAGAGCCAUGGUGGGGACUUCUUGCUGGCUAGGCUGCACUCCCCAGAGCUGGGGGCGGGCGUUGCAGGACAGGUGUUGGACCACCAGAAUGGGACCUACUCUGCCAUUUUCCUGUUACUGUGGGAGGGGUCUGUACAAGUGAAGGUGACACUAGUUCAUCCUAGUGAGGCAGUUGCUGUUCUACGAAACUUGCGUGAAGAACGGCCCAACCGGGUGCUUUACAAGAGCCUGUUCAAAUAUGGAUUACUGUCUGAGACCACAAUGUGUAACCUUUGUCUGCCGACCAACCAGGAGCCGCUGUGCAAUUACACAGACCCCCACACGGGUGAACCCUGGUACUGCUACAAGCCUAAGCAGCUGCUGAGCUGUGACACACGGAUCAACCACUUCAAGGCAGGCUACCAGAAAGAUCUGAUAACCGACAAAGAAGCACUGCUCUUCCAGAGUGGCGUAAAUCUCAAAACAUGUAUUCGGGCUAAGGGGUCUGCCAGUGUCACUGUGCUGCCUAAGAAGAAAGACAAACCAGAGGUGGAAAGCAACCAUGCAAAGCCAGCGCCUGUCAGGACCACUCCCACUGGGUAUUACUUCCAAGGUUCAUGGCAGUCCCUGGGUGAUGUCGUGAUGCGCCAGUUUAAUGAUCCAACUGCCAUUACUCAGUGUUUGAAGGGCAAGGUGGUGUACAUGUACGGAGACUCCACCGUUAGACAGUACUAUGAGUUCCUCACCAACUUCUUGCCAGAGUUGAAGGAUUUCAACCUUCGAAGUCCGGUGAAGGCUGGGCCCUUCAUGGCGGUGGACAUCCCCCACAAUAUCCUGCUGAAGUACCGCAGCCAUGGCCCCCCCAUCACAUGGACCCCUCUCAGCAUCAGUCAGCUGCGCUAUGUAGCUAAUGAGCUGGAUGGCCUGGCCGGGGGCUCAGACACUGUUGUAGUCAUCAGUGUUUGGGCCCAUUUCUGUACCUUCCCUGUGCAGGUUUACAUUCGUCGACUCCGCCACAUUCGAAGAGCGGUUGUGCGGCUUCUGAACCGGGCUCCGGGGACUGUGGUAGUGGUGCGCUCGGCAAACCUCCGGGCCCAAAGCCUAAAAGAGACCCUCAUCGUCAGUGACUGGUUUUCGGUUCAGUUGGACGGGGUGAUCAAGGCCAUGUUUAGGGGCCUGAAUAUCAAGUUAGUGGAUGCCUGGGAGAUGACCCUUGCCCACCACCUCCCACACAAUAUCCACCCGCACCCUCCGAUCAUUAAGAACAUGAUAAACACUAUCCUCUCUCAUAUCUGCCCAGUGAAGAACUAGCAGAGAAAUUACAUUAUUUCUGGCACAAUUUACAAAAUAACUAGCAUGGGUGGAGCGUUGUCCGACUAGGUUACAUGAUUCAUCACUUGAGCCUGCUAAAUUUUAACAUCUACGAUCAAAAAGUAUGUCUCUACGCAAUUAAGAGUCUAAAUGGCAAUGGCAUCCUACUAGCAUAUCUAGUGACAGAAAGAUCGCCUCAAAUCAACAUGUAGCUUUUGUCCAGGCUGCUCUCUCCAAAUUCCAAAGAUUGCAAUUUAUUGUACAAUGAAAUCGUUUUUUUUCUUACAGUUGUGGUUUUAUUCUUUGUACUGUGCCUCUGCUUUAAAAAGAAAGGAAUUCCCUUUUCAAUAAAAAAAAGCCAUUUAUGGAA